CUUUUCUCUUUGGCAGCCACAACAACAUAUACUGAAGCGAAGCAGCAGUCAGUCUCGCCCCUCCGCUCUCAGCAGCAUCAUUAUCGUCCCCGCCGGGUCCGGUGGAAGUGAGGAUGGUUCAGCGGAAAAGCAGCGGGGGAUGCGAAUGACAGUGAUGAGAUUAUGGCCCUCGAUAUACGGAGGUUCUUGAAUGUGCGACUGGCUUGACCAAGUGAAUCGUCAGUGUGAGUAUAUUGGCGGUGGUUUGCUGCUGCUGCUGCUGUAUGGUCGGCUAACACAGCGCGCUAACGUGAACCUGGGAGACGGUCUGCUAGCUCUGAUAGCGACAGGAAGGUGGGCUGCUCCGGGUGUUAACGCUUUUCCCGAGCUGGCAAUCUGGAAACCCUACACCUGGGUUUUAUCUUAGCAUUCCCGAGAGGCUGCUCCUGACAGUCGGUGUUUUGAGCUGUGUCAGUAAUGCACACAGACUGUCAGUAUGUGUUGAACAAAGGAGCUUUAACCGAGGGGCCGCAUGGACAUGCAGAGAGAAGUCGACUGCUGUUUGUUUUGUGCUCCAUUUCAUGCUGACACACUUCUUCAGAGGUAACCACACGAGGUCUGACCUGAUUAUUUGGCUGAUACACGGUGACCUAGCUAAUUCUGGUAAAUGCCCAAGCGCUGGAGAAGUAACUUGCUCUGUUUGUCAUUAUAAUGCAGCUCCUGCUUGACUCAGGCUCCCUCUCACAAGUUUUCAUGUCUCUGUCAGUUUAUACAGCAGCUUGAUCCACCCAUAGUUUGGUAGAGAUGUUUGAGAUAACAUGUAUCAGGUGACAGCAAGUUUUGAUAAUGACACAAUAGUGGGUGGUAACUAUGUUCAAUAUAUUCGAUAAUUAAAGUAGGAGUGAUAACUGUGCAAUCCAAAAGACAACAGCUCUACCAUGAAUUCUGCUUUUUAAUUUCUGUCAUCAUAGACAGCCAGGUUAUAAAUAUUUCUGCUGGUUGUUUUAGUUGUUGUGGGUGUUGUUAGUGUACUGAAGUGCUUUAUAUUGAAAGGCGUACCUUAUAUUUUCCUAUCGAUAUAACACUCCAGGACAACUCUGUCAUAUAGUGUCUUUAGUAACAAAUACAUAGUACAUUAUUUACCUGUUGGAUCAUAGAGUUAAAGUUUAUCAGCUGACUGCAAGUUCUGAAAAUGACACAAUAGUGGGUGAUAACGAUAUUCAAUAUAUUUGAUUGUUAAAGUAGGAGUGAUAACUGUGAGUUAUGCAGUUAUAACUUAUCGCGCACCAGAGUUAAAGUUUAUCAGCUGACUGCAAGUUCUGAAAAUGACACAAUAGUGGGUGAUAACGAUAUUCAAUAUAUUUGAUUGUUAAAGUAGGAGUGAUAACUGUGAGUUAUGCAGUUAUAACUUAUCGCGCACCAGUGCAACCCAAAAUACAUCAGCUGUACCAUGAAUUCUACCUCAACACAUUUCCUGCCUUUUAAUUUUUGCCAUUAUAAUCACACAGGUUAUAAAUGUUUCUACUAGUUGUUGUGGGUGUUGCUGGUGUACUAAAGUGCUUUAUAUUGAAAGAUAUAGCUUAUAUUUUGCUUUGUAGUACCUUAUAUUUUUCAAUGUAGUUGUCAAAAUAUAUAAAACACCCAUCAAUAUAACACUCCAGGACAACUCCACCACAUAGUGUCUUUAGUAACAAAUACAUAGUACAUUAAGUACCUGUUAAAGUGUAUCAGCUGACUGCAAGUUUUAAUAACUGCAUGAUAGUGGUUGCAUAGUAAGAAUAACAAAUGUCGUUAUUGUUUGUAAAGAUGUUGAAUAGUAAAAGUAACAUUGGGUUAUAACUUUAAACAAUGUUCUUGGUCUGUGAUCGAUCAUGCUUGUGGGUUAUCAAAUGGAUAAGAAACACAUGUGUAGAUGGCAAUAUUCUCAGAUGACAGACAUCCCCCUUAUUACCCCCUUUAUCAUGGUUUUCAUUGGGUGUGCAGGGAUCAGUGAGUCAGUUCAUGGGCAGAAAAUUAAUCUUCAACUUUGUCUUGUAGUCAUUGAUCGAGCACUGCUGGCAAACACACUCAUUUUUCAUACGCUCGAGAGUGCAGGUUUGCUGCGUUUCUCUUUUUACUCUAUUAAAGAAACCAUUGUCAGAGUUCAGUAUUUGUGAUUGGCAUGUUCAGAGUACACUGUCUAAUGCUAAUCCCUGCUGUCUUCAAGUAUCAUAUGAGCAGUUUUAAAGCAGCAGAGAUUCAUACCAGGGCUUUGAGGAUCAGGCAGUGAUUGCUUAUUGACUAACUAAUUGAUCUUGAACCCUUUACUCAUAAAUAAGAUCUCUAAAAAAGACAUCCAAAUAUAACCUUAAAAUGGCCUGUUGCUUGUAAAACUAUUCAAUUUUCAUCUUAUUCUUAUGUCUAGCUUGUGAGUGAGUUCUUGUAAAUGAGUAACGUCAUGAUAUCAAGGGAGGACUCAUGAGUUUGAGAUUCUUGAGCUCAUGUGUCAUCUUAGUUGGAGAACCAAACAUGGGGAAUACCACAUGUAUGAAAAGCCUGUUCUGUGCAGACUCAUGGAAUAGAUGAAGCUGUCCAUGUACAAACAUAGAUGCAAGGCAUACCUUUGGUCUCGUGUGGAUUCAAGGGAGGGCGUCCAGCUCCUCAGACUCUCCACCUGACCGCUGAGUGACGUGCAGGCUCAUGAGCUUUCGUAAUGCUAUGUAAUUGCACUGUCACUGCCAAGCGCAAACAGUAGGACUAACAAUCUCUGGGGCUCCAAAGUUCUCCUCUGUCCCGACUUCCUGUCCUUAUUUAGUAUGAGAAACAGAAAGAGACUGGCGGGGGAUUCACAGAGGAGUGAAGUGAACUGGAAGUAAACUAGUGUGCAUAAAACAGAGCCACGCAGACAGACUGACCUAUUAACUAUACUGUCCCCCCUCUACCACUACAAACAUCCCUACAGAUAUCUACACAGAGAACUGUCUUUUUCAUGCAUCACAGGGGCGCAUCUUACAAGAUGUUGGCUAUUAUUCACAAGUGGCAGCAGCCUCUGUGAGGGCCUGUAUGCCUCCAUCUGUCAGGCGGUGUUUUGCCUGUCUGUUUCCCUGUCUGUCACUGCAUAGAAUUGAGGAGGCAAAGAAGGGGAGGCAGCCAGCCACGUUAUUCAAAUGUUCCAGAGCCCGGACCAGCCAGCGGCCAACUGUAGCCGGGCUAAAAGAGGCUCUUUGUAAAGGCCAGACAGAUGGCUAUAGAAUGAAGACUGUAAUGACACCCUCAACAGCCCAACACACACACACACGCACACUCAGACACAGACACAUACAGAUUCUGCUCAUUACAGGAUGCAAUGUGGGGUUCAUGCGGUGAAGACAGGACAAACGGUGUGAUUUAGAAGUGGGAAGACGAGGAAGGAUAUGAGGUUUGCCAUAGGGAUCAUGUUUGCUUUUCUCUUAUAUCUGUUGUUUUGCUGGAAAAAUGCAGGUAGGUGCUUUUUAAAUUGAAAAAAAAAAAGAAAAGUAAAAGAAAUCCAGAUUACUUACAAGUCUACAGGAGGGUUUUAAGCUGUUGCCGGGGGAGUACACUCAGCAGUGGCAGCCAUAGCUGUAAUUCCUGUGAUUCUUUGGUUUAGCACCUUAGAGGAAAGUUAAACUGGUUUUGGUCAUGUGUGUUAGCGCUGCAUGGUUUAACUCACUUACAGAUCUCAUGUAGCAGACAAGCAUAAAAAAAAAGCCUAAAAUAUGCAAAUUCCUCACAAUGACAAGCGGACUGAACCUGCAGUGGCCAGCUGUGGUGAUAUUGACCAUGCCUUUCAUUAACUGACUAACAAAAUCGAUGGCUUGGAUAUCAUUAACCUUCCCCUCCUGCCUGCCCUCUUUAUAAUCAUCUCUCUGGCUUUCUAGUUUUUUUUUCCGUCUGUUUCUCUGUUUUCUCCGUUAUUUCCGGUGAGAUAACAUCCUCACUGCAGCACAUUUACUGAUCGAUGGAUGGACUGAUUGAUUGAGCUGCUCCCUCUUGUCUCUCCCUUUUCAUCUGUUUCGCGACUUCUUCAUUUUCCAGCCUCAGUCUCGCCACUUCCCUUGUCCUCCUUUCACCGGCGUUUUCCCUUCAUCCAUCCUGAUUCUUUCCUCUUCUCAUGUGAAUCUUUCCGCCAUUAUUUAUUUUCCUCUAAUCAAUGCCCCCAAUCUCUCUUACCUCUGCUUACAGGGCAGGAAAACACUGAGCCAUGUUGCUCUAAGGUGUGACCUGUGGUGAACGGGGGAGGAGGAAGAGGAGGAGGAGAAGGAGGAGGAGGGAGGAGGCAUAGGUGGGCAGGAAGGAAAGACAACGGACGGGCAUCUGCCACCUCUCCCUGUAGGUGGCCCUUUUAAGAGCUUAAAGCCAUGGGCAACACAGCGACCAAGUUCCGUAAGGCGCUGGUUGGAGGUGACGAGGCCCUGGCCUGGCAGCUGUAUGAAGGCAACCCUCAGUUCAGGGAAGGACUGGACCCAAACGCAUCGUACGGAGAGCAGUACCAGCACAACACGGCCCUGCACUAUGUCUGCCGCCACGCCAUGACUCGUCUGCUCAGGUACGGAACUCUAUGGAACCCUACGGAAACUCAUUUGUUUUUUGACUCCCAGCUAAAAACUUGUAAACAAAGAAAACGGCGCCUGGUAAAACUGGGAGGUCCAGCUGUUUUUAAUAACCCUGAUGAAGUAUUAUCAUUAGCACAAGACCCAACAACUACACAUACAGUGUUCAGCGGUGAGGUAGAUGUGUUUCUUUCCUUGACAUGCUGCUGUCUGUUCACUGUUGCUAUGUGCUUCAUCACACGCUGAAUCAAUCUGAUUGGUUUUUGCUUCCAGAGGCAAUACCAGCAGCGACCAUCGCUAACUUCAAGGUGAAUUAGUCAGGCGGCAUCAGGCGAGUGGUUUUUGGUACUGGGGUGUGAUUUGUUGGUGGUACGAAAAUUUAAGAUCCUGAAUAUGCAGCUCCUUAAUAAGAGGUUAUUCAUACUUGCCAGUGUCACUGCCAAACAGCAGAGCAGACACCUCUACUUUUUUCUUAUUAUUUCAAGUGAGAUGGUUCAGUCAACAAGUUGCAACUUACUGUCCUUUUUGGAAGCUGUCUUCUCUAUUCUCCAAAUCAUUAUGAGCCUGAGAAAAAUGGGUGUAGGGCUGCAUUAACAUUGCAAUUUUUUUCAACCCUGCAAUAUAUAGUGAUAUUAAAAAAUAGAGGAAUUUUCACCAGAUGACUUGAAUAGCACUUUAUGCUGAAAUCUUGUGGACAGUUAACCUGUACUGAUCUUUCCUCUUUUUGUGAGUGUUAGUAGAGUGGCUUCUGUCCAUCUCAGAGAGAUUUUGAGCUUGCUUUUAUUGUGCUGGGACUUGUUAUCUCUCAUUGUGGAAACAGAUGAACACAGAACACGUGUUUGGUCAAUAUAAUCGUUCUUGUAACCGAAAUAAUUCCAGAUAACUGACUUUCCCUUUCUUUUUGGCAACAAGUCUUCAUUUUCGGUGGUUUUCUCUUGUACGUUGCUUAUUUUGCAAUCAUUGUUGUUGUUACCGGUGUUAUGCCGAGAAUUGCAUGUCCGCCGAGAAUUGCAUUCAACUUAUGGCAAUGCACCGCAUUUAGUAGAGUGGUCCACGGAAAUAUACAAUUUAAAACCCAUGCAAUCCUUAUUUGUGGGGCUAAACAGGAAUGAAUAAUGUACCAAAAGUAAUUCUCGGCGAGCAUGCGUUUCUCGGCACAACACCGGCAGCGCCAGCGACUCACUCCAUGUGCAGGGGCGUGGUUUCCUCCCCUCUGAUUUUGAUUGAGGGCUGGCAGGGUAGUCUGAUUGGCAACUGAGUAAAGAAUUGAAUGUGAUUGGUGCAUGCAGAGUCACAUGCAGUGUAUCUCAGUCAGCUACCCUUGAAAUUAGAUGAGCACAUGUACAUCGCGAUGAUGAUACUCAGGCGAUACAUCGUGCAGCCCUAAAUUGGUGUCUGCCUGUUUGCUCCUGUCCCUCUGUGUGUGUGUGCGGUAGGGGAUGCUCAGUGUUUAGAGCUCUUGUGAGGAACUUUUCUCUCUGUGUUGAUUUUGGACCCUUUUGAGGACAAAGAGGUACCUCCUUGUAUUGUUACCGAUUUCUCUCAUCUUUGUAAAACUGGUGUGAAUUGACAAAAACCUCCUCCUGUUCUGUUUUUACUGCGAAGUUUAACACUCACUGUGAAUAUUGGCUGUAGGAAAAGAAUCAAAGGCUGUUCCUUCAACGUACCUACCCCCCUCACAGAAGCUAUAAGACACAUGACUGUUCAUGUCGAUGUAUGGACCUAGCCUUGAGUUAUGAAUAUUAACUCCGGUUUUGUAAUCACUGAGGUAAAGGAGCAGAGAUUUCUUGGAUGGUUUUGCUGAGGACACUUUUACGUUUAACAAGACGCUCACUAUACUGAACAGUCAUAUCUGAGGCUAUGUAAUGCUUGAAUAUUGUUCAGAAGUACAAAUACAAAGGCUGCUCUUUUCAAAGUCAUAUUUAAUUGACGGCAAUAAUUAGAUAUAUACCAGCUUUACCAAGUUUUGAAAGUCACUUUUUAAAACCCUUUGAUUCUAAACCAUCACAGAAAAGUGAUGUUUACUUGUUCGAGACACAUGAAAAUAUGUGCACAGUAAGAAACACUGAUUAAUCAAAAUACUAACUACAUUCUCAGGAAGGGCCAAUUACUGGAAUAAGCUUCUGUGAGAGCCUCAAAAAGCAAACAUGAAAGAGUCACUCCACUAGUACUGCACAUGAGGAGUGCUCCUCAGCCUGUGAAAACAGCUAACGGUAAUGGUCUCUUCUGGAUCUGGAGGGCUUUAUUAAGCUACUCUGGUGCUUGUGUCUAACCAGGGACCAACAGUGAAGAUGUCUUGUGCAUGCCAGCUGUGAACAUUUCCUUUUAUCUCAUCUUGUCUCCAAACGUAAUGACGCUUCAAUGCCAAAUUACAACGGUGACAAGUGAGGACUGCCAACAUGAUUUUACAGCAUGGUUUUAUGCUGAAAGCAGCUUUGUAGCCUCUAUUCUUACUCGAAACAGGUGCACACACAGCAGCAGAAGACCAUCCCUUGGGUAGUGUCCUCAAAGACAAUAAAGUGGAGUCACCAUGUCUGGAACAACCUCCAGUAAGGGGUCAAACUAAAAACCAUAUGGCAAACAUGGCACCAGUGUGUCUUUUACCCCCUGCAGGGAUAAUCAGGCUGAUAGCCAUGACCAAAACAGCUGAUUCCAUGACUCAGUAGCCAUCGUCACCUCCUCCCUCUCCUCCUUGCACUCUCUGCUGCCCUCUCUUUCCAUGAUUACUGGGGGCGGUGGGGUCAGAGGAAGCAGUUUGAAAAGGCCAGUCGAUUAUCUGCGCGUCUUCAUGUGCACACAUGUGCAUGUGCGUGUUUUUUAGGGGGGAAAAGUGCGGCUUUACGGCUGCUUAAUGCAUCCGAGUCUGUGAAUAUAACACAGUGAAUCAUGGUGUGCUAUUUGUGUCCUUUCCUACUAACCUAUAAUGGGCCAGGGAGGCGUGCUGAAGGCAGCGCUCUGCUCCAGAUAAGUAUCAGAGGAAAUGCUUCUUUGUUCCAGCAGCUCUUUUGGACGAAGGAAAGCAGAGAGAGACGGCAGAGAAAUCUCAGACAAAAUACAAACUCAGAGAGGAUUGAGCGUGGGCUGGUGAAGGCAGAGUCUGUUUUUUUCAGCUUAUUUUUAACAUGUAUCUGUGCCAUGUCUAUUUGCCCUCAUCCUGUGUUCUCAGUGGGUUGGAUUGGUUUGAGAUGCGCAAACCAGGAGACCUAUUACUGGAAUAAAUGGGUGUAGUUCAGGAAGUGUAACCCUUCCUUCCACAACAACUGAGAAUACAGUGCUUGAAGUAUGUAAAUAACCACUGUGACUUGAUUUCCUGUUGCUUUAAGGAGGCCAGGACAUGCAGUAUACAGCCGACCACUCACAGCAUCUUCUUAUUUCUUCUCAUGGGUGAUGGACAAUCAAACUGCAAACCAUAUGAACAGUUUGGUUUGAAGCCUACCCAGAAAUCUCCUGCUUUAAUUAAAUCACAAAGUGGUGCUCCACAGCUCCAGCAAAACAAAUGUCAUCCCCUAGCCUGUAGUUUGUACAAAACUGAUAUUAGGGCCAUUCAUCUUGAACGCCCGGCUUAGUGCUUGUAUGUGUGUGUGAGUAGAGGUUGUAAGAGAGCGUUGGGUUGAAGUGGUAAAGGGGAAUAAUUAGUGAUUAUUGCCGUGUGGGUGAAUUGGCAGUGCUCUGUCAUUGGGGGGAGGCUGCAGGGGCUUGUGGCUGACGAUGAGAGGAGAAGGUCAAAAGCAGAAAAAGCAAGACAGCAGUGAAAGAAACGGCUGUGCAAUAGGGAAACGUUCAAACAAAUUCAAUAAUGUCUGCUGCUGUGAGUCCAAAUUAAGGAGUGAGCAACCUGUGGAAAUCAAAAGACAUGCUCUUUUGUAAAAGGUUUUCUCAUAUGCACUUCUAUGCAUAUUACAACACUGAUUAAUAGGGGUGGGAAUCACCAGUGGCCCCAUGAUGGGAUAUUAUCACAAUACUUGGGCCACGAUACGAUAUUAUCACGAUACUUGGGCCACGAUACGAUAUUAUCACAAUACUUGGGCCACGAUAUGAUAUUAUCACGAUACUUGGGCCACAGUUAUCACGAUAAUUGGGCCACGAUACGAUAUUAUCAUGAUAAUUGGGCCACCAUACGAUAUUAUCACGAUACUUGGGCCACGAUUCGAUAUUAUCACGAUACUUGGGUCACAGUUAUCACAAUACUUGGGCCACGAUACGAUAUUAUCACGAUUCUUGGGCUGCGAUACGAUAUUAUCACGAUACUUGGGCUACGAUACAAUAUUAUCAUGAUACUUGGGCUACGAUACUUGGGCCACGAUACAAUAUUUUUGCGAUUUUAUUACAUUGUGCAAUACAAUGAGUGUUCAAUACAAUAUAUCGUGAUUUAUAAAAUUUUUUCAACUGUUAGCCAAUUUAGCAUUUGUCUUUCCUUUAUGUUUGUCUUAUUUACACAGUAUUUUAUUUUCAUGUAGCACAUCUUGCAAACCUUAUAUAUAUAUAUUUGUUGUUCGAACUUUUGCUCUAUGAUGUUGCCUCCGCCAACCUCACUGGACAAAAAGUUGAUUGUAUUUUUCCAUUAUCAUAAAUUUAUCUUCAUAUUAACAAUUAGUUUGAAGAAAUUGAUACUUGGUAAAUUUAUAUGAUACGAUAUAUCACCAGACAAAAUAUCGCCAUACUAUGCUGUAUUGUUUUUUUUUCUCCCACCCCUACUGAUUAAACAGAAACAUGCAGCUUGUCGAUGGAUAACAGACUAAAUUUGAUGCAGAAAUAUUGUGAUAUUUCAUGACGUGAUAUUGUACUGACUCUUGAAGCACCGUAUUGAUAUUUUAGGUUCCUACAGGGGUUGUAAAAAGGGUGUCCACUGUCCACCACACACACACAGGAUUAAUAGUCCAUACUUGUGAUCAUCAGUGUCCGACUGUGUCCAUUUCAAUUAGGAGUGAGCUUAUUAAACUCACUCUUUUACACAACACAACCAAACUGAAGAAGACCGAGGACGAGAGCAUGAAAAGCUAAUCUGCUAAUGGAGAUUCUGACUGACAAACAGCAGAGGAAAACAAUCCGCUCGACAGAAACACACCCACAGCCAGGCUCACAGUGCAACUUUCACAUCCAUCACUGUCUGUGUGAGUGAGUGUGUGCGCUCAUUCCUGUGUUUGUGUGUGUGUGCACGCACACCUGCCAGCCAGCAUGUCCAUUAUCUCAGAGAUGUUAAACAGAAACAGUCAAUAUUCAGCAAUCUUUCCUGUCCUUCCUCUUUUACAGCUCUCCGUACCCACAGACACUCAUAUUACACCACACCUCACUAACAUACUUUGUUUUCUUCAUCUGUGUCUGUCCAUCCAUCUCUCCCUGAUCCACUCAGUUUACUCUUUCGCUUCCUGAUUAAGGUGGUCUUCCUGUAGCUGUCUUGUCUUACCUCUUAUCCCCCAUCAUGUAAAGUUCUGCUAUUCUAUGGGAGGGAUGUUGUUUAGUGAGAAGAAGGAGAAGUUCUUGUCUCAUACUGAAGGGAUUCUAAUUAGGGAUGCAGUGAUCCAAUAUUUGAUAUUGGUAUUUGUCCCAAUACUGAAGAAAAUUCUCGAUCGGGUAUUGUGACAAUGGGCCCAAUGCAUAGGAGUUAAUCUAUUGAGUCUAACUCUACGCUAUGCGCAGUGAGUGGCAUCCACAAGUAAACACACUGAGCAGAAAACCACAUUGUUUUCAAAAUGGAGCGAGCAAAGGGGUCUGCUAUCUUGAGCUUUAUCACAAUACUUCAACUCAACUCAACUUAACUCAACUUUAUUUAUAGAGCACUUUAAGUACAAACAAAGCUGACACAAAGUGUUGUGCAUGACAUAAAAACAUAAAACAACAAUAAAUAGUUCUUUUAAAAUAUAAUAAAAAGCUAUAAAAAAGCUAUAAAACAAUAAUAAAAAUGCUGUCUCAUGCUGGGUCGAAAGCCAAGGAACAAAAGUGGGUUUUGAGACUCGACGGCCACUUGCAAUACCUGCACAGUAAACGUUCCGAGGGGCAGUGGUAUGGAAACUGGAUCAGUAUUGACAUCUAGACAUCUGUAUCGAUAUCGGAGGUGUUAAAAGCGUAUCUGUGCAUCCCUAAUUCUAAUUUACAAGACCGCCCCUGUACUUUGCAUUGUCCUGUCAGCUACUUGUUGACCAAUUAAAGGCAGACAAGUUGAUCGAAAACACAAAUUUAAUUGUUGAUUUCAAAAUGAUCAAACUAGCCGGAAAAAUGAGUCACUCAGAUUCCACGGUAAGUAAUGCUUCCAUGGCAACAGACUCCCAGUGUUUUUGCGGGAAAAAUUAACCGUAAUCUAAAUAUUUGGUCAUCCUGAGUGCUGCUUUUGUCAUCGUGAGUUGAUUACUGUUGUUGUGGGGCUUUGACAUAGACUGUUUAGAAUGGACGCCGUCUGCCUCCUCGCAGGGUGAAGCCACUCUGAGAACAGCACCCUCUGGUGACGGGCUGUAGUAUAGGUCAUAAAUCCCGCCUCCGCCAGCAAAGCACAUGGAACUGUGGACAAACUUUAGAAAUUUAUUACACAGAAUAUAAAUUUUCUCCCCCCUGGUUGUGAUGUUGACAUGUAGUUACUGUUAGACUGGUUUGUGCUCAAGUCCUCUUUUUUCUGUACAGCUUUAUUUUUCAAAGUUAUUAGGGGUUUUAUGUUUUCUGUGAUUGACACUUGAUACAGCCUAUGGCCGUACGAAGAUUGCGUAGCUCACCCGGGGGAUACGCUGUUUGAGCCGAGCGUCAUCACAGCAACUCUCCUGCUGAAUUCGUACAAAGCUACUGUGCAAUUUUGGUUUCAGGAAGUGGAGAAAAAACACGGAAUUACCGAGGGCUUUUCAGCUUCAAAUCUGUAUACUGGCAGAAGGCGGAGCCAAGUUGUCCAUAGUAUAAACAGUCUAUGAGUUUUGACUAAUCAGAAUCAAAUGAUUAACAAAGCCUUGUGAUAAGUCAGACAGAUGGGUAAUGGUUGUUGUCUUUCUCGCCUACAUUAUACAGGUCCUUUUUGUUCAGUAAAGAGGGAAACCCCAACAAGCGCAAUGUCCACAACGAGACCUGCCUCCAUGUGCUGUGCCAAGGCCCACAGAUCCUGCUGCUGGCAGAGGGAGCUCUGUCACCGCGUCUGGCCCGACCCCAGAGGGAUGAGCAGCGCCGCGCAGACUGCCUGCAGGUACACACAGACACACAAACACGAGGGGUGUUACCCACUGUGCAAACUUGCAUUCUGGUGUGAUGAAGGGUAUCACGUAAAGUUGUUGCUUCCGUUUGAAUAAUGUUGCACAUGCUCUCGUGGGAUUCCCCCCUUGCUGCUGUCAGAUGAUCCUGAGCUGGACCGGAGCCCGGCUGGAAGGAGGCCAGUACGAGAAGGCCAAUGUCAACGCCACUGACAAUCACCACAGCACCUGUCUGCACUACGCCGCCGCUGCAGGCAUGAAGAGCUGUGUGGAGGUGAGAGAAAUGUGUGUUUGUGUGGACCACCGGACUCACACCGAUUUAAACUUUGUUUUCUGUGCAGCAGAUCUGUCUGUACUUUUCUGUGAUUGGAUCUUACAGUCAGGAAAGUGAGUAGACAGUAGUCUGCCAGGCCCUAGGUUCAGACGCAUCUGCUUUUUGUUUUAUUACUGUCAGAUCCAACAAGCGCUUUCUCUCUUGAUUUUGCAGCUGUUGAAUUAGAAAAAAAAAAGUUUUCUGAUUUGAAGGAAAAUUGAGUUAAACUGUGAUAUGAGCAGCCUGGGGGAAAAUAUCUCAGAUAUUAUACUUGUGGAAACAAAGUUGUAUCUACAAGACACUUUCUCGUCAAGUCUGAACUCUCGUCUUUCAUUUCUCUCUUUUCUUCAUUAGUGAAUUGUCUGUAAACUGCUGUACUUUCUCUCCACUUGCUUUCUGUUCAAGUUUAUUGCUACUCUUCAUUAAAUGUUUCUCCCGUUUCUUUUUCCCCCUUCUUCUUCUUCUUCUUCCUUCUCUAGCUGCUAAUCCAGAGUGAGGCGGACCUUUUUGUCGAGGAUGAGGACAAGUUAACGCCAUGCGACCAUGCAGAGCGGCAUCACCACACUGAGCUGGCCCUCAGCCUGGAGUCACAGAUGGUUUUCUCCUCCUCUUCAGCUCAGCAGUCAAAUACAGACACACAUGCUGAAACAAACCUGCUGCAGUACAAAGAGGUGAGACAACAGACCCGGAUCUGAAGUUUCCCCGCUGGCUGGACUCCUCAAAUUAUGUUGCUAUUUUGGUUGUUUCUCUUUCCUACUGUGUCUAUAAUUGAAUUUUUUACCAGUACCCUUCAAACGCACCAAAAUGUUUCUCUCACUGAGUUUUCAAAGGUCACAACUUACACGGGAUUUAAAGUGUAUUCAUACAAAUAUCCGCAUGCCCUCGCCUCACCUCCUGUUUCUCAGGGUCCCGGUUAAACAGAGGGCACCGACAGUCAUCAAGCAGCAGCUGCUGCCAACUGAUAGCAGUUUGAUCUUCCAUCCUGCAGCCAAAUCUAUGCUAAUACCUAAUCUCUCUCCCCCCUCCACCAACCCCCACUCUCGCUGCCCUACAUCCCUAUCCCUUUCAUUUUUCUCACACUGUCUUUUUUCACUUCCCUGAAAAUGCCUCGAUUUCUCAUUCUCAGAGUUUUCUUUUUUCUGAAUAACUUCCUUCUCUCUCUUAACAUCAUCCCUUUUCUCCUUUUACUUUGAUUUUCUGACCUGUAGCUUACAAAGAUUUCUCUUGUUCUAAUUUUUUCAGCCUUAUGAAGGACUGAAGCUUCAGGACCUGCGCAGGCUGAAGGAUAUGCUGAUCGUAGAGACGGCAGACAUGCUGCAAGCCCCCCUCUUCACCGCAGAGGCCCUGCUCCGAGCUCAUGGUGUGUUUGUCUAUCAGAGGAGCAGAGAGAUGAGACUUAUGAAACUUUUAAAAACCUCACAGCUCCGCCACUCUUAAAAAUCUCUAAACCUGUGUGUGUCUGUCAGACUGGGACAGAGAGAAGCUUCUGGAGGCCUGGAUGUCUGACGCUGAGGGCUGCUGCCAGCGUUCAGGUGUGACCAUGCCUACCCCGCCGCCCAGCGGAUACAACGCCUGGGACACCUUACCCUCGCCUCGCACACCCAGGACCCCACGCUCACCUCUGACACUCACCCUUACUUCCCCCACCGACAGCUGCCUCACACCUGGAGAAGAGGGCCUUUCCACAGUGAGACAAACAAACAUUACUUUAGUUGUGUUUAGCAUUUAAACCUUUUUGCAGCUCAACUUGAUCACAUUUAUUUUGGACUCUUAAAACCUCUUUAUUAUAUCGGUCCGGGUUGGAACAAUUUAUACGAUCUGUAUUUCUUCAACUUUAAAAGAAGAGAGUUAAAUGGCCCUUUGAUAAAUGUUGACUUAGCAACUUAAGUGAUAAAUCUGCUGUGUCAGCACUUUAUCCCGAGGCUUUUACUUUAUCAAUAAGGUUUUUUCAGAGGCUGUUACUCCUCAACAAGACUCGUAAAUGGUCCUGGUGCACAAACUGACAGCUAAGUGAAGUCUAAAAAAUGUCACGAUAUAUGGGGACAGUUUUACAAUAAUAUAAACACAUAAAUAAGGAGAAUUUAUAUCUGCUGCUGUGUUAUCCAUCCCUGUGGACUGUAAUAAGGAUAAUAUGUUACAAUGACUUGCAACAGGCCAUCACUGUUACACCGUUAAGUUUAAGCUAACCUUUGAUUAUGACGUUAAUUUCACUGUUUUCUUUGUCUCCCUGCAGUGUGGAAUCUGUCUCUGCUCCAUCUCCGUGUUUGAGGAUCCAGUGGACAUGUCCUGUGGACACGAGUUCUGCAGAGCAUGCUGGGAAGGGUAGGUGUAGGAGCCAAAAUAUAUUUGUUGAAAGUUUGAUUUCGACUAGGUACGUCACUUCCGGGGAUUGACACUGAGGGGUGUGGUUUUGGGAUGUUUGGCAGGUUAUUUAAGUCUCAGCGUUGUAGUCGGACAAUGGGUUGUGGUAAGCUCUGAUAAUUUUCUGUUGACUGUUUCACUCAUCCUGUUUUAACCCAUUAAGACCUGAACCCUGUCUGAGACACGCCUCUGAAAUCCUGCGGGAUAUUUUGAGAAGGGCCCCCAGAUCCUGAGGUUUUCUGACGUGUUGAGGUUUACAAAAAAGCUGCUAUCUUGGCCUCUGUAGAAGAUAGAAACAAAAUUUAAAAAGUAUUUGAGAGGGUAUACAUGUGGCUUUCAAGAUAAUCAUCUUCUAUUUGUCCAAACCCUCAUCACAUUAUUUAAAACCUUGAACAAACAAACUCAAAUGAAAUAAAGCGGCUGUAUAGAUAAAAGUAAAGGCUCUGCACUGGAGAAUAACAAAAAAAUUUGCUUUCUAUAAAACAAGUGGCAGUCAUGAUAAAGUGUCCAUUCAAUACAAAUGUAAAUAUAAAAAAUAAGGUGUUGAAAGGGUCUGCAGCUGCCCCAGUGUAGUGCCAGUACAAAAGCAGCACUAAAAAGUAAAAACCAAAUAAAUGAUUGGCUGACAGUGUGGUCAUGUCUGUGCUCACAUAAAGUCAUGCAACACUCACAGAAAUCGCCCAUAGUGUGAGCCAAAGACCUCCAUAUGAAGAGGUUGUUCACACUGCUGGAUGCUUCUCCUCUGAAGCUGCUCUCUGCCUCCGUCACUGUUUACUUUCCUCACGAGGGCAUGGAGCAAGAUCCGAGCAUGAAUCCGCUUUAUUAAGCUUUAUAAGCCUAUCAGAGACAGACAAGUAUGAUGAUUUGAUUCGCCAUGGCUCCAGAUUGAAAAACUACAGAAUUUUACGAAAUGACACAUCCACACUUCUUACCCGGCUUGAAGGGUAGAAAUGCGUACAUGCUGUCCCUGAUUAAAUGGGUUAACCUCUUUUCAUCGUAUCACUUUUUCAUUCGAAGGCAAAAGUUUUGGACCUGGAUCAGUGUGUUUUCUUUUUUGGAACAAUAAACCACUUUUAACACUCAAACUGGACUAAAAAUUGAACGAUUCACAGAAGCAAGCGCGCCUAAACCCCAGCAGCCUUUUUGUUGAAGGAAAACAGUCGCUACAGCAGGGUCCAGCUGUGUUCGUAUGUGUGUGUGUAAAUGUUCCUGCUUAUUGCCGACCUUUAAGCGGUUGACAUAUGUGUGUCUCAGGUUCCUUAAUGUGAAGAUUCAGGAGGGAGACGCACACAACAUCUUCUGCCCGGCGUAUGAGUGCUACCAGCUGGUCCCCGUGCAUGUGAUCGAGAGUGUGGUUUCCAGAGAGAUGGACCAGCGGUAUCUGCAGUUUGACAUCAAGGUAAAACAGCCACAGGUCACACAGAUGCUGUUACUGAUGAUCUCAUUAAUGCUCACAAUUGUCUCCUUGCAGCUGUGUCUUGGUCAUGUGUUUGUGCUCUUGUUUUAUAUUUGUAUGAAUUCUCUUUGCGUCGCUUUGUUUCUUCGUUAAUCUCCCAAACUCUUCUGCUCUUCCCCUCCUUCGUUUCCUCUCAUCAUUUAUUGAGUUUGCUCGUCUUCUCGCCUCGUCUUGCAGGCGUUUGUCGAGAACAAUCCGGCCAUUCGCUGGUGUCCUGCUGCACGUUGUGAGCGGGCUGUGCGACUCACCCGACCAGGCCCCGGGGACAGUGACCCUCAGAGUUUCCCUUUGCUGCCCUCCCCAGCUGUUGAUUGUGGCAAGGGUCACCUCUUCUGCUGGUACACUUCCUGAUUUACUAUCUGCAAAUGUUGUUCUCGAGCCUCCAACAAAAACACUCAUGUCCUCAAUUGCUGUGUCCUCUUUUUCUUGUUCUUAUUGUCGUGCUGUUUUCAAGUUUAAGAGACAGCGGCUGUUGUUUUGCCGCUUCUUUUACUGGUGAGUUGUGUGAUAAAAUACCUGAAACACUGUUAAUCAUCUUCUGUCCGCAGGGAGUGCCUUGGCGAGGCCCAUGAGCCAUGUGACUGUCAGAUGUGGAGGAACUGGCUCCAGAAAGUAACAGAGAUGAAGCCUGAAGAGUGUGAGUCUCUCGCUGUGACCUUAAUGUUUUCAGGAAUUUGUCAGUGUCCCUGGGGAUCGCUUUAGCUGCAGCUCAGCGAUCUGGCACUACAAUAAGCCUGUUAACGGCAGCUGUCAAGGCAGGCUACCAGGAUGUGCUCUCAUGUAUUUUAUAACAUAGCAGCAGGUGUUAAGGUCACUGAUAUUUGCCAAAUGCGUGCACCGGAGGGUAAAAGUACAAGGCAGGUGCCAGACAAUCGAGAUGUUGCUAAUGUGCUUGAGUGUGUGUUUGUUUGUGCGUUCUGCAGUGGCAGGUGUGAGUGAAGCCUAUGAGGAUGCUGCUAACUGCUUGUGGCUGCUGACCAACUCCAAACCAUGUGCCAACUGCAAGUCGCCCAUUCAGAAGAAUGAGGGCUGCAACCAUAUGCAGUGUGCCAAGGUUUGCACAUUAAUCUCUCCGUCAGCUGUUUGUCUGAUCACCGGCUAUGAAGUCUUUAUUUUUAUUUCACGACAAGGCAAGAAUCAUCUCAGAAUUAACUCGCUCGCUCGCUCUCGCUCUCUGUAGUGUAAGUACGACUUCUGUUGGAUCUGUCUGGAGGAGUGGAAGAAGCACAGCUCGUCAACAGGAGGCUACUAUCGCUGCACUCGCUACGAGGUCAUCCAACAGCUCGAGGAGCAGUCCAAGGAGAUGACUGUCGAGGUACAAACACAUAAAAAAUAACGUUAACAUUUACACUGAAUUGAUAUCAUGGGGAGGUAUAUUUUUACUGCUUUAGUUUCCACUCGUGAGAACUGCUCAAUCACCUGUCAGAUGAUGCACGAGUGCUCGCUCGGAUCAUUGUAGAGAUUCCAGUGUACACACACACACACACACACACACACACACACACACACACACACACACAUACACACACCCUGAGGCUAUCUGAAUAAAACAGAGUUCUCUUUUUUUUUUAUUGCAGGCAGAAAAGAAGCACAAAAGUUUCCAGGAGCUGGACCGUUUUAUGCACUAUUACACUCGCUUCAAGAACCAUGAACACAGUUAUAAGGUAAUGCGUCGCUCACAUACACACACACACACACACACACACACACACACACACACACACACACACACACAGUUAAGUCAGUGCAGAGCAGAGUCUUUGAAAUGCUUCUGAAGAAGACGUGCUGCGCUACAGUCUGAUGUGUCAUUUCCUCCAAAUAUGUUAGUUGGAGCAGAAACUGCUGAAAACAGCGAAAGAGAAGAUGGAGCAGCUGAGUCGAGCUUUUAUUUGCCGUAAGUCUCUUCUUCUGUCUUUGCUUGUAUUUCUUAUUUAGCUGCUUGUCUGAUGGUUUCUUAGAGAUCUUUUUGUUUUGUUCAUGAAUCCUAAUACAUGAUUCAAUGUGUUACAUUUUUUUGUUAUAUUAUUUAUUUAUUUUUAUUUUUAAAAAGCGGUACAAAAACAUGGUUCUCACCAGGUACAGGGUUUUUAACCAUCGGGUGUUUUCAUAAAUGAUUUAUAUGCUUAUUUACUCUAUUUUUGUUAAUAAAAUGUAAAUAUUUUUGAGAUCGACUGUUAAUUGAAUAGCGGAGAAGGGGUGGGUUUAAAAAAAGCACAAUGCUUCAUCCUACUCCUUUUCGGACAUGUUGGGUUCACAUUAUUUAUUUAUUUAUUUUAUUUUAAUUAUUGAUUUAUAAUUUUUCUUGCUUUGAUUAUUGUUUUACUUUCUUGUGUUGCACAAACAUGUUCGAAAAAUAGACAAAUAUUGUGUCUGAGUUUAUUUUUGCUGUUUACUGUAACCUUGCGUGUUCCUUGUCCAGGUGAAGGCACCCCUCCAGAUACGCGGUUCAUCGAGGACGGCGUGUGCGAGCUGCUGAAGACGCGUCGCGUGCUGAAGUGCUCUUACCCAUAUGGCUUCUUCCUGCAGCAGGGCAGCACUCAAAAAGAGAUAUUCGAGCUCAUGCAGGUAUUACAUACUCUACGUGUCUGUGACAUAUACUUCUGCAGGGUGAGGACACGUCCCACAACUUCAGUAAGACCGCUGUGUCCGUUUAGAACCGACAGAGUGCAGUGAAUAAGUGCUUUUGUCUUGGUGAUGUUUUGUAUAGUCAUUAUAGAAACUUCUUGUAGACACAUCACGUUUUCACAUCGUGUUCCACUUUCUGUAACAUGAGAAUUCUGCAGUCAUGUGUCGUUUAGUUUUGACUCUGUGUAAUCAGUCGUAAGCGCAGUCAAGCAGAACUGAGGUCUGUUUGGUGUAUUUUUGCGAUGUUAAUGUUAAUUACGAGUUGCAAAUCCCUUCUUAAAUUUGAAUUUUUAUAAUCUCUAAACAGAUGGAAGAAGUAUACAUGUCUUUCUGUUGUUUCUCCCCCAGACGGACCUGGAGAUGGUAGUGGAGGAUCUCGCCCAGAAGGUGAACCGGCCAUACUUGAGGACACCUUGCCAUAAGAUAAUCAGCGCCGCCCGUCUGGUGCAGCAGAAGAGACAGGAAUUCCUGGCGUCAGUGGCCCGUGGUGUCGCUCCCAAUGAUUCCCCAGAGCCUCCGCGCAGAAAGUAUGAGAAACACGCGCAAAGUCAGACAUGACAGUUUUCUCCAGAGGACAAAAAAUACUAAAGAUGAGAGAGCUGCUGCGUGUUUUUCUGUGAGGUUCAUACCACUGUGACACAUUCUCUGUCUCUGUUUGUUUCAGCUACCCUGGAGGAUCAUGGGACUGGGAGUACCUUGGUUUUGCCUCACCUGAGGUAAACAGAAACUCUUCCUGUUACAUUAAAGGGAUAUUCCGGUGUAAAAUUAAGUAAGGGUCAAACACACCGUAACACCGAGUUAGACACCCCCUAGAGAGAUGAAUGUUGCAGACUGCUUGCUUCUUGCGCUCAACCAAAACGCCACUCUAUAGCCACAAAUAAUGCUCAGAACAGCACCUAACUUCAUCAACAGUACAUACAGGGUCCCAGCCAUAGUACUAGCCACCAAACAUCUUUUUAACUUUGCCUGAUUUCUUUAGCAAAGGGACUAAACACAACUCACCUACUCUCUUCCAGCAGCCGCUUGUUUGUAGCGAGACCUCAGGUCAGUCCAUUACAGACUGCAGCGGGGUGACGCAGCUCAAGGAAGAACAUUUAUGAUCAUUACUUCAUGGAAAUACAAUCAAAUGAGACACCAAGGUGGAAGAACGACCACGUCUGAAGUGCAAAAUUAUUAAUUUGGUUAUUAUUACUUAAAGGAAAUGAUAAAGUAAUGAUCAUAAAUGUUCUUUCUUGAGCUGCUUCACCCCGCUGCAGUAAUGGACGUUGGAUGUUUGGUGGCUAGCGCUAUAGCUGAGACCCUAUAUGUACUGUUGAUGAAGUUAGGUGCUGUUCUGAACAUUAUUGGUGGCUAUAGAGUGCCGUUUUGGUCGAGCGCGUGGCUCCUGAGACCACUGUGUAUUGCUAUCAUGCAGUCAUUACUAAAGUUGGUAUAACUAGAGAAGCAAGCGGUCGGCAACAUUCAUAUUUCUCGAGGGGGUGUCUAACUCAGUGUUACAGUGUGUUUGACCCUUAAUUAAUUUUACACCAGAAUAUCCCUUUACGUUUCUAACUAUUUCAGUUCUGCUAAUAUUGUGGUUCAUGCUUAUCUAAUACUAUUCCUCAAACCUGCGCUUAGCCGCCAUAGUCAUCUAAUGCAUGACUCCGGCUGCAGCUGACUUAGUUUGCUUGUGUGUGUGUUAAGAUGGGGAGUCGUCACUCUGUGCUGGGAGCAGGAGAUCAAAGAGACAGACAGUCACAGGUACGGUAAAGAGCGCAUCAUAGUUUCGGGGAUUUGCGCAUUUGCAUGUGCUAAGUUCACAUUUCUUUUGCCUGAGAUAGUGAACAUGCUUGAUGCAAAGGUAGAUUUACAGCGUGGCUUUUUUGGAGGUUGGCUUUGUACUAAUGCAGCUUGAAUCACUCUUUGCAGGAUUAUGCUGACAUUCAGUACCGCCGCAGACACAGGCCACGGCGCAGGGGAGAUAUGCUGAGUCUGCACAAUCUGAGAAGCAGCAGCAACACGCCAGAGACCAGCAGGAGGAGUGACAACAUAGGUCUGCAAAAAAAAAUCUUUUAAUAUAUUACACCACGAUCUUUAUCUAACAUGAUUUCCUACAUUCAGCUCUUUCCACGUACAUACAGGACGAGGCAUUUUGAAAUUAAGCACCCCUUUCACUCACAUAUCGUACCCCAUAAACAACAGAUCAUCUAUAACAGCAUAUUUGUACAAACACUUGAUCCUAAUCCAACUCUGUUCUGCCCCCACUUAUAAAUUCUGACUUGUCAUUACACCUGACAACCAGCAAAUGGGAUUUAAAGUUAUAGCUCCAUGAAUCUUGUUUUCUGGAAGAACGCAGACACAUUGAUCGCUGGGAUCGAUAUGCAUCAAGCCAUACAAAGCAGUCCUCGUUCAAAUGCGAUGUUGUGUUUUUUCCAGAAGGACCGGAGCGAGGCGAAGGUCGCAGGAGAGCGCUGGGCUCGCUGGAUGAAGAUGACCCGAACAUCCUCCUCGCCAUCCAGCUUUCCCUGCAGGAGUCAAGAAGAGAGCGGAGCCUGGAGAGGGGCAUGGAGGGACGUGUGGAGCUGGUCGGCGGACUGGAUAGAGGACAGGAGAGGAGGACGGGUCCUGCGGGAGAUCUGGGCAGUGUCGCUUUGCACGCCCUCAACGCCGACGGUCCUCCUGGAGCCAGAGGCCCCUCCUUCCCCACCUCUCUCCUGGAUCCUCCCCGUCCCCCUAACAGGACAGACUCCACAUCCCAGCCUCCCUCAUCCAACUCCCUCCCCCUCCCUCCCCCGCCUCCAUCUCUCAGUGCGGAGUUGCUGGAGCUGGGAGACAGCCUUAUGAAACUGGGGAACAUAACCACUCCGUACGACCUGGACACGCGCACUCAGGAGCAGCUGUGCUCACACCACACAUACAACCACAGUACACUCACUGCCCCCUACAGCAGCAGCGAGCCCGCGUACAGCGGCUGCAGCCAUAGACCCGACCAGAGUGCACUCCCCGCUCCGUAUGUGCUCAACCAUAUCACCAUCACGGACCCUCGCUUUAACAGCAAAGAGCAGAGUUACUGCCACCCCACUGCUUAUUUAGCCGAGGCCGAACACACCGAACGCACCCAGAAACCCGCCCAUCAAAGUUCCUACAACCGGGAACACGCAGCCACGUACGACGGCCCCCCAAAACCAGACAGCUCUUACACCCCCCUCCCAGAACACAGUAGCUCUUACACUCAGGAGCGUCCCGUUGCCUGCGCUCUUGAACACCCUCCCAAACCAGACCCCCAGCCCCCCGCCCAGUUGUGCCUCCCAUCUCCGGAGCUCGAGCCGGAGCUUCUUCUUUCCCCAGUUAUCCCACCCGGGGGCCCUUUCACCCCCAGCGACCCUCAGAGCCUGGAGGCCCUGGACCCCACCGCCAGUGCCCAGCUGCUGGACAACAUCAUGGCCUGGUUCAACAACAACAUCAACCCCCAGAACAACCCGCAGAGCCUCGCCCUCAUCCCCUCUCCGCCCACCACGGAGUCUGACUCCUCUCCAGAAACGCACACUGAGACUGAGACAGAGAGUCAGACCUCCAGGGACCCCACCCCUGCUCCUGUCUGGCAGCCCCUGGAGGGCGAGCCAGAGGCGGAGAGAGGGUCAGCGAGUCCCCAUCAAGGUGCAGCGGGCUCAGAGGGACCCAAGACGUCGAGGCCGAGCACCCUGGAGCUGGAAAACAGAGAGGUGGUUCAGGAGGGUGCGGGCGCAGGGUGUGUGGCUGACCUGUCGCUGGACGAAGCGCACACACACCCUUGCCUGCACUCCCAACGCGAAAACAGUCCCGCACACACUGCCCCGGCCACAGAGAGAGACUUGGACCUCAUUGUGCAGCUAGAGGGGGACCAAUCACCUGAGGAGUGGGAGGAGCAAGUGCACCUGGUGUGACAGCGGCAAAGCGGGCGUUGAGAAAAGGCCGAGGAAAGUACAAAAGAGAAAAUGAGAAAGGAUAGAGAGAGAUGAAAGGAAGGAAGAACUAGAGAGGAGCAGUGAUGGGAAGUGUAACGUUGACGUCUCAGUGAGAGAUGUGGGUUUCUGGGGGUCCUGUGUUUACUGUGUGUAUUAUACUUUAUGUAGAGAGGACAUUAAGACCUGCGGACUUUGUCCAGUAAAGAUGAUGUCAUACGCAGUUUUUUAAGUGCUUCUGUCUGCUCUGAAAAAGUAGACGAAUUAUUAUUUGAAACAAAUGAGUGUUUAAAACAAAGUACAUCAAUGGAAAGCUACUGAUAUCAUAACUCAUAAAAUGCUGCACAUGUUUGUUUUUAUUUAUUCCCCCCCCUGCCUCUGCCUCCUGUGUUUGCCUCCUCAGUUCAUCCAGGGUGACGUUUUGGUGCUGAUUAUGCCGAAAGCCUCCUUUUAAGCCUGAACAAAGUGACCCAAACAAGAGCCUGUUCACAGCUCCCAGAGCCAAAUACGACGAUAACCACAACCUCGGAGCUGGUUUUAGCGUACUGUACAAUCAGAGGGCCUGAUUCAGAGUUUUGGACCUUCAUGCACACUGUGCCUGCUUUGAUAGAGAGCUAACACACUACUACUGAUCUGUCCUUUUGGUAGGCUGAAAUGAACACCAGAACAACAUGCCUAUAACAGUACUAUUGUUUUGUAACACCACAAAAAUGAUAGAGAAGUCAGAGGUGAGAGCAGCACCUUAAGAACCAGUGAGAACUGGGAAGUGGAUGUAUUGUUCAAAGAUGCUCCAGUGCUACAGGUGCUUGUUGUUUUUACACUCACUGCACCAUCUUGCUACCAUUUCAAGAUCAUUUUCUACCUUUAUAAAAAAAAAGACGAGUUUUCAUCCGUAAAUGCUCUAUUCUAUUGGUUUGGCUGAGUUUUCACAAUAAGAGUUUCAACAUGACAAACUCUGAACGUCAAAUGAUAAUUUUAUAGCUUAAGCAGGACUCAAGAUACUUCAUGAGGACAUCUUGAUCAAAUCACUGAAGUGUAUUGUCAUGUAUCCUUAAGCAGUGCUGUCCUUUUUGAAACCCCUCAGAAAAAGGAAUGAGGUUAAACUUAAAGGAAUGACCAGAAAAUGUGAAGAACUUCUGAGUCAAAGUAAAAGUGAUUAAUUGUUUUUAUUCUAUUUGGACAAUUGAUAGUAUUUAAAAAGCGCUCAAUCCAGCUAAUUGAAAUCACAAAAUUAUAAAGUUAUUCAAUUAACAAAGAUGUUUUUUUUGUCCGAUGUGAGAAAUAAGAAUUAAAUGUUCCUUUAAAAAUGCAGAUUCUGAUGACACUACAGUAUAUUUCACAUCAGGACAAGUCAAAAUACACACCAUAAAUGUAGUCCACCGUAUUUCCUUACUGCAGAAUAUCUUUUCACUGAUUUAACAAAGAGGUGUCUGUAUUCUGAGUGAUUUUAAUUUCGUCACUUUGUUCAAUCAUACCAAGCCAAAGCAGUCAGAAAAUACUGUAAAGAAACACACAUGUAGUUUGUUUCAAAUAUAGCUUUUAUCCACUACUGAUGGCUGGUACAGUAUGCUGGUGAUGGUCGGGAGCUGGGUCGGGUUUUUACUGUAAUUCUUUUUUCUUUUUUUAAUUCCUUCUUAAAAAAAAAAAAGAUCUAUUUUAAGAUAAGACCAGAGUCAUCUGGUCUGUGUGCCUUUUUGUUUGUAUUUGUCUUUUUUUGUCUCUAUUUAUUAGUGUCAUUGCUAUUCGAACACAUGAGAAUUAUCUUUAAUGAUGAUGAUGGUGGUGGUGGGGGACUCAUGGCCACAUAAAGAGUUUUUUGAUGCACAUUUUUUAUUUUUUCCUUAAACUUAUCUAUACUUUUUUCUCAGUUUGACUGAAAUUUGAAUAAUUUGUUUUCUUUUAAACUUUUUUUUAGUUCCAAUUUAAUUAAAAACUUCUAUGUAUAAAACUUUAGAGGAUUGACCUUUGUUUUCCUAAUCUGAUUAUCUUUGAGCCAGACUGUAUCGCCCAGCUGUAAUGUUUACAAGAGAGUUAAAACACUGCCUGCUGUGUUUGAGAUUUGGUUUAGUGCUUAGGGGACUGAAAUGCUGGAUAUUGAAGUGUUUUGAUCAUUCUUUAAUCAUAGGGUAAACACAAAUAUCCUGCCUAAAAAGCAAACUGAGUCUGUUGAAAUUUCUCCCUCUGCUCCACAAACGUAUCCAUAUCUCACUCUAAUUAUUGAUAACACAGUGUGAAAGUUGUUGAAAGUGCUCCAGGGAACUACAAACCACCUCUUCCUCUCUGUGUUGAACAUUUACACUGUGAAGGUGCUUAUGAAGACAUUUCAUAAUCAUUUGCCUUCUGAGAUGAGACGCCCCUGAUAUUUCAGACUUUGUUCCUUGAGGGGUCGUGUGUUUAAAAUGACUGCACACUAAAAGUUUUGGUUGCAUUGUUGGCUGAGAAUACACACUGAAAACGCAGAUUUCUUUAAUUUUCACAAGCAUGCUUUUGUUGUGUUUAACUUAUCGAAUGGGGAGGACUGAUGAGUGAGGCUUUUAAUAUUAUUAAGAUAUUUUUUUUGUUUGUUUUCCUGAUUUUAAUUUUAAUUUGUGGUGUGCCAUUUUUGUACUUCAUAUUUAAUGUUUCUACUUUGACGAUCCCUCAGCCAACCACUUAAGAAUUCAGAAGAAAUGAAAUUGCACUCUCAUAGAUUAUACUUGAUACAUUCCCUGUGGGUCCAUAAAGGAGGUUUGAUGUGCGGCCAAAACUGUAAAUGAAAGUCUCAGUGCAAAGUUUACUCUCAAUAAAAAGAGCUGAAAGUGUGUUGCCGAGAGUUUUUCUUCAACUGGGAUUCCCCAAAGGCACAGCAACAGAAAUCUGCAAAAUGGAGGGGGGGGUAAAUAUUUCUCAAACUUAAUAUUUUUGGAAAGUCGUGAGAAUAAUUCUUGUUCAGUGUCAUUCAGAACUUGGUCAGUACUUUAUUAUAGUUCUUUCAAACUGUCCUCAAUUAAGAUAGACAAAUCAUGACAUUUUUGUCCAUUCAAAAGAACAGUCUUGAUAUUUACUUGAAUUGAAAUCAACACGGUGGUGGAAAAUACUUGUUAUAACAGCUCUGUAGUGCCAUCUAACGGCCAACAGUGGGAACUAAAAUAUCAAAUUUGAAGAGAUUUUUGAAGCAGAUCCUCUAGUUAUUCUUGAUAUGAUUUUUAAAUGAGCAAGUUGAAAUGUUAGAAAA